AUGACAGAUGGGCACGUCAGACUACAGUCCGCAAAUUACCCGACCUCUACCGAGCUCGCGGGAGUAGAUAUGCGUUUCGACGAGGAAGCCGUCCGAGAGCUUCAUAGGCAUCGUGAAAUGGAAUGGGUGUACAUGCCCUUACUGGGCGGCUGCAGGUGCACAAUUCUUGAUGACGGAGGUGCUCAUGAGGCUAAUCUGACCAAGAGAAAUAUCUGGUACGCACCAAAAGGUCAACCUCAUUCUAUUCAAGGUGUCAGCAAGGAGGACAAGACCUUCCUCCUUUCAAACUGGCUGGCUCAUAUGCCCAAGGAGGUGAUGGCCAAGAACUAUGGCCUUGAUCCCAGCGUCUUCGACAAGCUUUCACAGAAAGGUGAUGAACCUGACGAUAGCAAAAGUAUAUUUUUCGGGGGUCACGCCUGA